AUGUGGAUCUUGGGUCAAGACGAACCCUGGCCACCUCCGACGGUCUCGGUAGCGCCCUCGACGCCGUCCACUUCGCCUCAGAUCAGUGUCGCCGUCGGGGUCAGUCACUCGAUCCGCCGUCCACCUCCAAAUGACGUCACUUGCUCAUCUCCUGUUCCUGUUCCUGCAUCUGCCAGAUCAUCGUCGGGCUGUUGGCCUCGUUCGUCCAGAGUCUAGGUACGAUUCGUGUGCCAUCUCCUCACGCGACGCCCCCGAAUGGCGAGACCGCCACCGGGAAGCCGCUAGCAAAUUGUCCGAUCGAAUCGAACCCCUGCGAUGAGACAGCCCCUGAAACAAGCCCCUAGGACUCGAUCCGACCACCACGCCCCACGAACCGCACCACCCCAUCACACCCGAACGUGCACGCUAAUCAUCGUCUUCACCGUCGCACACACAGGUCUGACGAUCCAAAGAAAAUCUCAUCUCGCGAACGAGGCUCUGCUACCCCACAAACGAACGCGCGAUGCCAAGCGUCCUUUGUGGCUGCUCGGAUUUCUCAUCUUUUUGACCUCCAACUUGUUCGGGACCGUAAGCUCGUCAUGUGGUCUUCGUGCGUGUCUCAAGCAGAGCCAAACCUCUUUGUUCUCUCCGCGCAGAUCUUUCAACUCGGCGCCUUACCCAUCAUCGUCCUCGGGCCUCUCGGAGCCGUCUCGCUACUGUGGAACGCCUUCUUUGCAAGAUUCAUCCUAGGGGACUCGUUCUCGGUCCAUAUCGUCGCGGGCAUCAUCCUCAUCGCUGGUGGGGCAUGUCUAAUUGCCAUUUUCGGAGGUCGGUCUGCGUUUUCUUCUCUCGCAAGGAACCAUUCUUCGCUUCUUUCCCCCGAUCACUGACCCUCAUCCCGGAACUUCCCCUUCCUUCGCUCCAGUCGUGCCCGAGCAAACCCACACGCUCCCCGAACUCGUCGCGCUCUACACUCGCACCCCUUUCCUCGUCUGGGCCACGCUCCUCUCCAUCGCCCUCGUUUCGACCCUCACCUUGGCCCACCUCGCCGAAUGGGCAUUGGAACGUCGCAUCGCUUCCAAGUACCCUGAUGCACCACCUUUAACGCCCAAGAGUAUAAGGACUAGCUCUGAACUGGGGACGUUCACCAGUAGAGCCUCGUUGGAGGGCAGUCCGAGAAGGAGGGAUGGAUUCGCAAGGAAGGGUUCGGCUAGUAGGCAGUUGCACGGUUCGGUAGGCAGUUUGAACGAUCGGUCCGGUGGUCUUGGCGGUGGACGUAUGAGGUUCGAUUUGAGAAAUGUGACGUUCAAGGAUGGGACGGUCGGUCGAACGGAUGCGGAAGAGGUGCAUCGGAUCGUUUUGGAUGGGAGUGCGCUCGACGAUGAGGAUCCCCGAUCACCUGGCGUUCAACACGAUCAGGGGAACACCGAACCCAUUUUCUCAAGGCGGAGGAUCCCCGGACCUGCCGUGACGAUCACACCACCCGAACUGGACUUUAAGGACCCGGCUUGCCUCGCGGACGUCGAAGCAGCGAUCGAAAGGAGUCGCUUGAUCUUGGGUGUCGCGUAUGGUGCGGCAUCGGGGACGUUGAGUGGAUUGUGUUUGUUGUUCGCCAAGACCGGGAUCGAGUUGUUGAUUCAGACCAUUGUCGCGAGGCAGAAUCAGGUGAGUUGGCAAAUAAUUUGCUGCGGGCGCGUCGGGGGGAUUCGUGAACUGAUGCUCUUUUGCUCGUUCCAGUUUGGCCAUUUCGAGGCUUGGGCAAUCGUAGCAAUUCUGGCUGUCGCCGCUGUCUGUCAGGUAUGGCCGAGUACUCUCCGUCGUAAGCCACGUCGCAUCCGAACUAACACGAAGAAUAUUCCCUCCCCCAGCUCUUCUACCUCAACCGCGCCCUCCGCCUCGUCGGUCCGACCCUCAUCUGCCCCCUCGCCUUCUGUUUCUACAACCUCUCCUCCAUCGUAACCGGUCUCAUCUACUACGACCAAUGGGACCAACUCACCUCACUUCAAUUCGGUCUCGUCGCUUUGGGGACCGCGAUAUUGUUGGGGGGCGUUUGGAUCGUUUCCAUUCGGUCUGAGGAUGAGGGGCAGGAGGAGGAGGAGGAGCGAAUGGGGAAUCCGUAUCAGCCGCUUUUCUCGGACGAACCGGGGUGCUAUUAUUCAAAUUUGGAGGAAGGAAGACAAGUGGACGAUGACGAGGUCGAGGUGGACGAGGACGACGACGCAGAUUCGGAAGGCGAAGACGAUUUCCUCGAUCUCGAUGAAGACGCCAUUCCUUCGCCAUUGGCUUUACCCGUCGAAUGGAUACCGAGGGGUUUGACGAUCGGUUUAGGAGCGGCUUCUCCCGGAUUCGAUUUGAGGCCAGCGACGAGGAGGGCCUCACAAUCUGUUCAUCAAGGGGGGAGUGGAGGGGGAGGUCUUUAUGCGCAUCGGAGAAAGACUUCGUUACCUACCACGCCUUUCAAUGAGCGAGAAAGCAAUCGGCAAGGAGGAGACCGAUCGAACGCUCCAAUAGGACCAGGGAUCGAUGGCCCAUCAACACCUACCAUCAAUGGUCCUUCAUCCUCCUCGACCCCCAAUAGUCCAAGAAGACGAGCGACCAAUCCUUCGAACGCUGGUACGACGAUGACGCGGUCAGAGAGGGCGAUGAGUCUUUCGGGUAAUCUCUACGUCGGCAGAUCCGGCAACCUCGAGGAUGCGCAUUCGGCUUAUCAUCAGCAUCAUCGACAUUCUUCAUCCGCGACGGCGGCCGUGGCGGCUCAGGCUAGGCAUCGAUUAGGCGGUGGGGCGGGGAUGGCAUCACCGACUACGACGACGAUGACGAGCGGUACGAUGCUCUCUGGGAUGGGCGCGACGGAUGAAGAAGAGGUCUCGAUGAUUCCUCGGGUAUCCACGUCGACAACCUCGACGGCAGAGUCGGAGGACCAUAAAAAGAAGAAGUGGUGGCGUUUCGGAUGA